CGCUGGGUGAUGACGUACAUCCACGUUCCCGGUGCAGCUUGUCAACAAAAACCCAAAACAAAUUGGCGGACGCAUAAAGGUGCAGCUGAAGCGCUGAAGGGAUGCACACGUCAGUGCGUGAAAUUAAUCUCUGCUCAGACACCUCCUACUUCCUGCGGGUGGACUGGGAAGGGUGCAACUUUAGUACCGGCUUCCAGUUGCUGCUUACUGAUGGACAAGAUGCAUGGAGAGGGGAAGUGAGGGGUGAAGUGGUGUGCAAUGAGGCAGAGGAACUGGAGAUGCCAUUGGAAAGAUAUAUCGAGGACGUGGAGCAAGCCUUUACAGGGAGAGAAAACUCCAACACCUACAACUUCACUUUGACACCUAAUCCCCCAGGUCACAGUUCCACUUUGACACUGACAUAUGAGAAGAUGCAGAAGGAUAUCUCAUUCAGGCUGGGCUGCGUUCUGCUGAAGGCCGUCCCAGAGCCAGCAGAGGCAGUGAGAAAUUUACUGAUUCACAGUCUGCAGAGGGGAAAUAACCUGCAGCACCACAACCAGAGACUACAGGAGGAGAACGAGAGACUUCGAGGAGAACAGCAACACAUCACUGCAGAACUGAAGCGUUACAUUGGUGGUAAGGAAGCCCUGGAGGCAGAGCUUUACUCUCGGUUUGUCCUGGUUCUGAAUGAGAAGAAAGCAAAGAUCCGCAGUCUACAGCAGGAUGUCACAAAACUGGAGGAAAUGAGGAGUAAUGACCAACGAAAGAAAGACUCAGUAAAGUCAGGUCAGACAAGAGGUCAGGAUGAUGGUGUUGAAGAGGAUGAUUAUGGCGGCAGUACUGAUGAGGACCCAGUGGAGACGCAGUCGACUCCAGCCUCCAGUUUGGAAUCACCGACUCCGGGACCACUGGAUGAAAGCCUGAGUGACCUCACAGAUGUGGCCCCGUCUCGCAAACGGCGCUUUCGUCACCUCAGGGCCCCAGAGGCUGCAGUAAAGCAACCAAACCCAGAGACAUCUCAGAGAAAAAGGAAUGACUCCCCUGCAGGAUCCAGUAAGCAUCAGACUCCACGGCUCUCUGCAGAUGCUGCAGCAAGUUCUGCAGUGGAAGACCUUUUUGAGGAAUUCUGAUGUUCCACGUCUGCACCUUAUAGACGUAGACAAGACCACAGCAGUGAAAUGCCAAAGCAUCAUAUUUUUAUUGUGAUUGAAUGCAUCUAGUGCUGUAUCUAUAUGGAAGGAUAAAGCACUGCAAAAAAAGGCGUUCAAUGGAUGCUGAUGAGAGAAAUGCUUGGUGAUUCUUUAUAAAGCACUGUAGAGGUUGCUUUUUUUUUUAGUAAAGUACACUAAUGACCAAUGUUUGGAAUAGUAAAAAUAAUAAACAUGUUUUUAUCAAAGUUUACAUUAGCUCAGGACUUCUUUGAAAUGUAUUUUUUCUGAUAUACUUUGCAGGCUACACAUCAACAACUAAUUUUGAUAUUUGUGUAAAUAAAAAGUGAAAGCAAAUA